GUUGUUCUGAAAAUGGGAGAGUCUGAUACUUUGACUCCAAAAGGAGACAGACUUUGCUCUGUCUCUGAAGACUUGGGCUGUAGACGUGGAGAGUUCAGCAGAAAGCAUUAUGGAUCUGUGGAGCUGCUUAUAUCUAGUGAUGCUGAUGGAGCCAUUCAAAGAGCUGGACGUUUCCGAGUGGAAAACGGAUCCUCUGAUGAGAAUGCAGAUUUCACCCCAGGUACAUGGCGCAGAACAGAUGUGCACUUGGAAAACCCAGAGUACCACACCAGAUGGUAUUUCAAAUAUUUUCUAGGAAAAGUUCAUCAGAAUUACAUAGGUACAGAUGCAGAGAAGAACCCUUUUUUUCUGUCUGUCGUGCUCUCCAACCAGAACAAUCAACGUGUCCCUCAAUACCGCUCAAUUCUCUGGAAAAAAACAGGUACUCAGAAAAUAUGCCUCCCUUACAGUCCCACGAAAACAUUAUCAGUGAAAUCUAUUUUAAGUGCCAUGAGUCUUGACAAAUUUGAAAAAAGCCCUAGGGAAAUUCCUCACCCUGAGAUACAAAAGGAUUUACUGGUUCUUGAAGAGCAAGAAGGCUGCGUAAAUUUUAAGUUUGGCGUUCUUUAUGCUAAAGAUGGUCAACUUACAGAUGAUGAAAUGUUCAGCAAUGAAACUGGAAGUGGCAGCUUUCAAAGAUUAUUGAAUCUUUUGGGUGACACAGUUACACUGAAGGGCUGGACAGGCUACAGAGGAGGUCUGGACACCAAAAAUGAUACAACAGGAAUAUGUUCCAUCUACACAGUGUAUCAAGGGCAUGAGAUUAUGUUCCAUGUUUCAACCAUGCUACCAUAUUCUAAAGAGAACAAGCAGCAAGUAGAAAGGAAGCGUCAUAUUGGAAAUGACAUUGUCACCAUCGUGUUCCAGGAAGGAGAAGAAUCUUCUCCAGCAUUUAAGCCCUCCAUGAUUCGCUCUCAUUUUACACAUAUUUUUGCCUUAGUGAGAUAUAAUAAGCAAAAUGAUAGUUACAGGCUGAAAAUAUUUUCAGAAGAAAGUGUACCUCUCUUUGGGCCUCCCCUUCCAUCCCCACCUGUGUUCACAGAUCACCAGGAAUUCAGGGACUUUGUACUAGUGAAAUUAAUAAAUGGGGAAAAAGCCACCUUGGAAACCCCAACAUUUGCUCAGAAACGGCAGCGCACUCUAGACAUGCUGAUUCGCUCUUUAUACCAGGAUCUCGUGCCUGAUCUACACAAGAACAUGCUUAAUAGGAGGUCCUUCAGUGACGUGUUACCAGAAUCCCCUAGAUCAGCACGGAAGAAAGAGGAGGCCCGUCAAGCGGAAUUUGUCCGACUUGGUCAGGCACUGAAACUGAAAACCAUUGUGAGAGGAGAUGCCCUAACUAGUUCAGCAACCACAAGCCUCUAUAAAAAGGAGCCAUGGGAGUCCCAAUGUUUCUGCAGUAAUUUUCCUCAUGAAGUUGUUUGUGCGGAUUCUUGGGGCCAGUCCUUGCUAGUUUCUACAGAUGUUGGUGUCCUGCUAAUAGAUGAUGGCCAGUCAUCAGUGCAAGUAUUUGAUAAAACUCUCCAGGUGAAACAGAUGCAUGUGCUGGAAGCUUUGGACCUUUUGAUUACCAGAGCAGACAAAGGGAAGGAUUCUCGUCUCCUUGUCUUCAGGAUGAGCGCUGUACGAAAUGGCAUAGAAGCAAAGCAGAUGGCAAAGAGCAAAUAUGACUGCAGAGAAAAUAAACUUGAGAAAACAAAAGGCUGCCAUUUAUAUGCCAUUAAUACUCACCACAGCAGUGAACUGAGGAUUGUUGUGGCUAUUAGGAACAAACUGCUCCUCAUCACAAAGAAAUACAAUCAAGGCAACAGUUUAACCAGUGUCUGUUUGAUGUCACCCCUGUCUGAAUCACCAGUGGAGGAAUUCCAGUACAUCAGGGAGAUUUGUCUCUCUGACCCUCCAGUUAUCAUGACUCUGGUGGAUGGACCUUCUGGAGACAAUGACAAUAUGAUCUGUGUAGCAUAUCGACAUCAGUUCGAUUUAGUUAACGAGAGUACUGGGGAGUCCUACAGGUUACACCAUAUUGAAGCAAGCAGGGUUAAUUUUGUUGCAGCUAUUGAUGUAUAUGAAGAUGGUGAUGCUGGUCUACUGUUGUGUUAUAACUAUGUCUGCUACUACAGAAAGGUAUGCCCCUAUAAUGGGGUUUCUCCUUUGGUCCAGACAUCGGCAUCAGACUUCCACUUUAGUUGGAACCAGGUUCCUUAUGCUAUUGUUUGUGCUUUCCCUUAUAUCCUGGCCUUCACUACUGAUUCCAUAGAGAUACGAUUAGUGGUGAAUGGGAACCUAGUCCACACAGCUGUGGUGCCUGAACUUCAACUUGUUGCAUCAAGGUCAGAUAUUUAUUUUAAAGCUACUGCAACAGUAAGUGGAUCAUCCAAUAGCAGUUUGAAGGAAACCAGUUCAAACAGUUCUCCUCAGACACCAACAGCUCAUGAAAUGCCAGAAUUCCCUUCUUCCUCAGCAGAAGGUGAAGUUCAGUAUAAAAACGUAUACAAAAUUCCUCUCAGUAACCUGGUUGGGAGGAGCAUUGAACGACCUCUGAAGUCACCAUUAGUCCCCAAGGCCAUCACCACCCCAACGUCCAGUGUUAUUGCCUCGGCUCCUGUCAGUCACUCAUUAUCUUUGUCUCGUAUGGAAAUUAAAGAAAUUGCAAGCAGGACACGCAAAGAACUACUAGGCCUCUUGGAUGAGAAAGUUCCCAAAUCAGAAGUAGCACAGAAGCAAAAGAAGGUUCCUCGAAAACCAUCAGACCCCAAGCAGGGAGCAAUAAGGUCAACAAGCAGUGACAGGAUAAUUUCAAGCUCUUUUGAAAGCAAUUCUGAAGGGCGUCACCUUUCCACUAGUUCAGAUCCUGAUACUGCAGCAAACCGGGAGGAGAGCCCACCAUCUAGCAGUCCAUUUCAUCUCACUACUUCAUUUGAUGAAGACAUCAUUGACUUGAACCAGGAUGAUCUGUCCCUGAAGUGGUACCAUUCUGUUAUAAUGUUUACUGAAGAACCAAGGAUAUUCUAUGAAGAUCAGGUAAGAUAAAGCAUAAAUUUCUAACAGUGAGAGUAAUUAAGCACGGAAACAAUUUACCAAGGGUCAUAGUGGAGUCUCCAUCAUUGAUCAUUUUUAAAUCAAAAGUGAAGGUUUUUCUAAAAGUUCUGCUCUAGGAAUUAUCUUGUGUAAGUUAAAUGGCCUGUGUUAUACAGGAGGUUAGACUAGAUGAUCACAAUGGUCCCUUCAGGCCUUGGAAUCUAUUAAUAAGAUACAAAUACGUUUUCUUAGCUCUCAUUUUUCCAUGUAUAUUUUUUUUGAGAGGAACCUGAAAACAAGAUUUGGAGUAAAAAUUCCAAAAUGCAAAGAAGUUUGUAGAAAAAUAUGAACUUUCAAAUUAUCCUCUAAAAAUUGAAAAUCAAAGAUAAAGGAAGAAAGAUGCAUCAGGCUAACAACGUAACUGGAAUAUUAUCCCUGUUGUGUACCUGCAGGCUUCUUGAAAACACAGUAUGUAGGAGCCAGCUUCUGAUUUUGCGUUCCAUUUUCUAUCAAUGUUUGGAGUUGCAGAUGAACCUCCUGUUAACAUGCAGGCACCUGUAUUUGUUGCUGUUUGCUUGUGCAAACUUGUUAAAUGAUAAAAUUUUAGACUGCUCCAAAUAGCUACAUUUUGCUGAGUGAAUUCAGGCUGAAAUGUCACUGAACAGCUAGGUUUUUGUGGUGAAAUAGUAACAAUAAACCUUUUGAUGUAUGAAGGAUAGAUUUCACCUAUAAAAUGAUUCUUGAGGCCGUUCCUGAAUUUUCUGUAUGCCAAAAAAUCAAUUUGCAACAAAAAUCAAAAUGUUUUGCUUUUUCACGAAAAUGUGAUGUUUUCCUCCUUUUUUACUUUAAGAUGUCAGCUCUAUUUACAAGUUAUUUCUUGUUCCAUAAUUAGAAAUAGUUCAGCAUCUUCAUUAUUUUAGGGAUGCCAUGCUGGUGUCAUAGUUUGUUUCCUUCUUAGCAUGAACAGCUGCAAACUUGUGUCUUUUAAAUGAGUGUAUCUGAAUAUAAUCCAGUUUCCUGCCUAGUACUCUAUUACUAAUCUUUUACCAGUAUAGGUAGCUGCUAAUUGCUCUGCCAAGAAAAUAUUAAUUAACUUCAUUUAAAGGAUCAUUUCUUAUUCUCAGCUGUAACAUCUGAUUAAGGAAAGAAGCAAUAUUUUCAGCUGCAAUCAUUCUUUCAUUAGAAGAAAGUAUUUUAACCAGUGGUUAGUAUUACAGUAUUUUUAAACCAGAAAAUCUGUGUGCUGUAAUUCUAAGUAAAAGCAUCUAAGAAAAGAGAGCUGAAAUUGUUUGCCAGAGAUUUCAACUGUUGUGAGAGAGCACGCCACAGUUGCUGGAAAGAGCUUACACACCCUAUGCCAUUUACCAGUUCAGUUCAGGUUGAAAAAUGAAGCUGAAAGAUGCCAAGCGUGGCACUUACUUUUAAUGGAGUCUGGGGCCUAUUCUGUGUGUGAACGACAGUAUUUCAUUAUACAACUAUAUUCAGGGCAGACCAUGUUAGCAUGUAAGUGAACAUGUAUGGGGGCUCAUUGAACCCACUUUAGAAGCACUAAUUGCACUAACAUCUCAUCCUGAAAGAAACAACAGUCUUUCCUUUCCCUUUCUGCAUCCUCAGCCUUGUUCCAUUAUGUUGCUUCUGUUGUGUUAGUUGUACAUGCAUAUGCUCAUGGGUUAUUUUGGAGCCUAUACUCAUGUGUUGCAAACUCAGGCUUUAGUUAAAAUAAAAUUUUAACUGGAAAUUUUGUUUUGUUUUGUCAAAAUAUCAAAUUGUAAAUUGAAAUAGCUCAUGGAACUGUUCUCUUCUUCUGCUAUUCUAGCACAGUCCACACAACUCAGCAUAUAAAAAUUAGCAUUAGCAAGAUCCUGAAGCUGCUGAGGGAGCUAAGAGGGCAUAUUGAAGGGACUUAGCAAAGAGCUGCAUAAUCAGUAGGGCUGUCAAGUGAUUAAAAAAAUUAAUCGCAAUUAAUCAUGCGAUUAAAAGAAUCGUGCAAUUAAUUACACUGUUAAACAAGAAUAGAAUACCAUUUAUUUAAACAUUUAUGGAUGUUUUCUACAUUUUCAAAUAUACUAAUUUCAAUUACAAUACAGAAUACAAAGUGUACAGUGCUCAUUUUAUAUUUAUUUUUGAUUACAAGUAUUUGCACUGUAAAAAAAACAAAAGAGAGUGUUUUUAAUUCACCUAAUACAAAUAUUCUAGUGCAGUCUCUUUAUCAUGAAAGUUGAACUUACAAAUGUAGAAUUAUGUACAAAAAAACUGCAUUCAAAAAUAAAACAAUGUAAAAUUUUAGAACCUGCAAGUCCACUCAGUGAGUUAACUGCGAUAAAUUGACAGCCUGAAUAAUCAGUGCAGGAAAGGCCUCAGGAACGGAGAAAUGAGAGAACUUGGCAGGAGCUGAGUAGAUGAUAUGCAGGAAGGCACAUAGGCACAUGUUUAUGGUUAUCGCUGUAGCAGUAGCACUGUAAGAAAUUAUUCUAGUCAGAUACUCAGGAAAACAGCCCUUUUCUGUGAGCCUCAUCACAGUAGCAACAACACAUUUCCCAAGCUAUAUCUAUCUACACAUUCAUAGAACUCUGAAGUCAAUCUGUAACGGCAGCAUCAGGUGGCUCCCAGAUAAUAUCACUAAGCAAGAUAAGAAGAGCUGAAAGGAGCGCAGACAGAAGUUGGAUAUUGAAGGUAGACAAAGUCAUCCUGGCAAUAAGGUGCAGAUUUUUAAUAGUUAUGGUAAUUAACUGAUCAAACAACCUACUGAGGGAUGUGGUGGCUUCUCCAUUACUUGGUGGCUUUAAAUCAAGAUUGGACAUAUUUCUAAAAGAUAUGUUCUUAUCUUAACCAGAAGUUACUGAGUUUGAUGCAGAAAUCAUUGUGUGAAAUUCUAUGGCUUGUGUUAUGCACAAGUCAUAAUAGUCUUUUCUGCCCUUAAAAAUCUAUGAAUUGUAUAAUUCAGAUAGCACCAGAUCACAGGAAAAUUAUCUGAAUUUGCCCAGGAAAUGUGGACUGAGUGCCCUAACAAGUAUCUCUUGUCUCUAUUUCUUUGAUUCAGUGAUUAAUCAGUGUGUCUUGGCAAAUGUAGGGAGCACAUCAGAAUAGCCAAGGGGAGCUGAAAGGGGGCUGGUGGGAUCAGAUAGGCAGUGUGGGGCACAGAGUGUGUAUCCAAAU